GUUAAUUUUCACGAAACAACUCUCUCGCCAUACCGUGCGCAACUCCCACAAUGCAUGUGCCAUUUCUCAAUGUCCUCCUCGCAGGCUCAACCUUCCUAGCCACCGCCCUUGCCCAAGGCGUCUCGUUUACAGAGUGGCCUACAAGCGUGACAGCCGGACAACCAGCGACGUUGAAAUGGACCAGCGGGACAGACGCUCCCACAACCAUCACGCUGCGCAAAGGCGCCUCAACGGACCUUGGCAACGUCGCCGUCUUGACCAACGACGCAAAGAAUGGCGAAUACACCUGGACGCCGAGCACCGACCUGCCGAAUGGCAGCGACUACGCCUUUCAGAUCAGCCAGGGCGAUCAGGUGAACUAUUCGGGGCUGAUAUCGCUCGGUGGGGGCAGCGAUGACCCUGCCGCUGCUGCUUCACUGACACAGAUGGGAACUGUAGACGCAAGCAGCAGCACUGCGGCGCCAGAAUCUACUACCGCUAGCGCCAGUGCGGCAGAUGUGAGCAGCACGUCUGCACCUGAGAGAACCAAUGCGCCGGAGAGCACUUCUGCACCAACGUCUGCGCCAACAUCUGCGCCAGAGAAGACAACGGCUGGUAGCACGACCAGCGCGAGUGAGGCCAAGGCCACGACAGAGUCAGGGCAGCCGUCGGCGCCGGGCUCCGUUGCGCGCCCGUCGCUUAUGAACACACCGUUUCAAGCUGCGCACGGCGAUGCGUCGUCGACGGACUCCGCGGAGUCGAGUAUGCAGACUGGUGGUGUGGGAUGUGUUUCGGUUUCGGUUCCAUGGGUGAUGGGCGUUGGGUCGGUUGGGUUGAUGUUGCUUCUUCAGUAG